AUGCCCAUCAAGUCACUUGAACCUUUUUUAUUUGAAAGGAAAUUAGUAUAUCCCAGCUCAAUUGAAAUUCUAACAAAUGCAACAAUUGGGAUCGACGUGGAGAAUUAUUUGAAUAGAAUAUAUACAUCAAAAAAGGAACAUUUUUUAGCAGCAAUUGGGGGACUGCCAAGCUCGUUGAAAGAUUACAUUUACGCAGACUUACAAGUAUUCAAGGAAUUUAGCAUCAAACCAAUAUUUGUCAUACUGAGAUCGAAUACCCAAUCUCAAAAUAUAGAAUAUAAAUCCAAUGAAUUAUCACCAGUUGAACAAAGUUUGGAAAGUACUUGGAACAAGAUAUCAAAUUUACAAAAACAAAACUCGAAUUACCAUCAACAUUUCCAAGCAUUCGAAAAUUACAGAUCUUUGAAUGAAAGCAUACCUUUGCAAGCUAUAAUUAAUGAUUUAGUCAGUAUCUUUAUUGAAUUUGGAGUCGAUUAUUUAAUAACUCCGUACGAUUCAUCAUUUCAAUUAUCAUACUUGUAUCAAUCCAAAAUAGUAGACACUAUUUAUGGAUCUACAGACUUAUUAUUGACACAAAUUGAUAAAUUCAUACUAGGGAUAGAAAACCAAACUAGAGAGUUUAGAUUUGUAGACAAACAUAAAAUUUUGCAAGAAUUAAGAAUUAAUGAAAGACAAUUGCAAGAUCUAAGUUUGAUUGUUGGUUGCAGUUUACAGCCAAAUACUUUCCCAAUUUUUCCAAAACCAUUACCUAAUUAUCCCCCAAUCAAUAUUUUCAAAUUUGGCUUGGACCUGUUAUAUCAAUACGCCCAAGUCAGUGGAAAUCAUCAAGACUUGUAUGGUUAUGUUUUAAAUUUGAAUGAUCAAAAAUUAGUAGAUUGGUAUUUAAAAGGUCAAUCAUUAAUCAAAUUCACUCCAAUAAUUACAAAAGAAGGAUAUGUUGAACUUUACAAUGUUGAAUUAGCUAAACUCGGUUUAGACAAGAAUGUAGAUUUCCUCGGUGAUGAUGACGAGAUUCAAACAGAUGGAUCUGGGAACAACACACCAACAAAGCCUUUAGUCAAAGUUCCAAAUAAUUUACAUGAAAUCAUUUCUCAAAGACUACCACCGGAAUUGUAUUAUUAUCAAUCAUUGGGACUAAUUCCGGCGGAAAUUUUGAGUUCCAUUGCAGGAGGAAGACUUGACGUAAGACCACCAGCUGAGCUCGGUAAAAGUGAUAGUUAUAAGAAGUUGGUUAGUUCUAAGUUCUAUACGGACUUAUUGGACAAACAGUACAAUUUGAUUACUCAGCUUUUAGCAAGAUAUUAUCAAGUAAAAAAAAUUAACGUUAAGUUUUGGUUCAAUGAUAGUGUUUUGGCUUUGAAUAAUAGGAUGAACCCUCCAAUCACUAAGGAAGUUGAAAACGUAUUUACUAAAUCUUCUCAAACGUCAUUCAGUAUCAAGUAUGGGUUACUAUCAAACUUGAAUACGGAUUCCAAGUCAGAUCAAGGGCCCGACGCAGUUGAAACUCAAGUCGAUCUUAUUUCAUCAGCAUUUUCCAGAGCAUUACAUGUGUAUGGAAUCAUCGACGACAAAAAUCAGGUUUCAACAAUUGGUAAGAUAUUCAAAGAGCUCAUAAAUGAACAUGAAGAUAUUAGUGACGAAGAUUUGGAGCAUCUCAUACUUUUAUCCUUAUUAUUAAAGUCAGACACAUUUAAAUUGACCAACGCAAAUCCCGAUUAUUUUUCAGUUGGCAAACCUUAUAAGGACUUGUUAAAUGAAGCAAAUUACGAAUUAAGUGCAAGUGAAAACAAAAGUAUAUUAUUAAUUUCAAGAAUAUUUGGUAUGAAAAAAUUCAACAUUGCGCCAGUCAAUUAUCAAGGCCCGAUUUCGAGAAACUUGUUGAGUUUUAGAAGUUCAAUCAGUUUUAUAAACACGCAAUUGUUGCAUACAAUUGAAGUAUUAUUGGUUGAUAUGAUUGUACGUCAAGAAAAGAAUAAUGUCAAAAUUGAUUACAAUAAAAAUGAUUGGUAUGAACUAAUAAGUCAAAUUCCAUUCUACCAAGAAGUAAACAAUACGUUGUUGGGAAUAGUCAGUGAAAUCUAUUUAGAGAUAACUUUGAAAAAAUUGAAGAGCUCAGGCAAUAAAUCGGAGUCUAUCACAUUUGCUAAACAUCAUUUAGCUGAUAAUGUCUUCCAAGUAAAUUCCACAUCUUAUAAUGCAACUGUUAGCGGAGAAAAUGCUAUAACUUCUGAUCAAAUCUCAAAAGACUUUGAUAAUGGGAAAAAAUGGUGGAACAAAUUUGUUAACUUUAUUCGAAAAGCAAACAUCAUUGAUAAUAAAUUAUGUUCAAACGCUCUUGUGCAAGAAGUUGAAGACGCCGAUAAACUUUUCAACGAUUUAACUGAAUAA